UCAUCGAUGCCAGGCGGCAAUUGUCAAUUUUCUGCACGUUUAUUUAAUAAACAAGUUUUGAAGAUUCGAAAAGCAAAUCAAAUACCAAAAUUGUAAAUCGACAAUUUAUUUUCAUGUGCUGAUAUUUACAAUAUUCUGGAAUUUCUGUCAAAAUGUCAAAACAACAUUAUUUGACAGAAACAAAUACAAAAAAAUGACAUGUACCAUUGACUGAUAAUAUCAGUGUAAAAAAGGGGCAAAGCGGAAAAUUGCUUGGUUGCCUGAGAAUCACCGAGCUGAAAUGAUACACAUUUGUUAUUUCACAGUGAGCAGUGUGUGAAUAAGGAUGUGUUCUUAAAUGUGUCAAUGACAUUAGUUUUUUUAAACAGAGACGAUAUAGAGCUCAUGUUUUAUAUUCUGUGCGUACAGAAUGUAUGAGACGAUAACAAAAAUUAUUCGAAAAUGAGUGGAAAAGGAGCCGAAAACAGUGAAACCGAUUGUGAUAAUCCGAUUAGUUUAGAUGAAAUUGAAAAAGGCUUGUUGCUUGGAAGUUUUAGUGCUGCCUCUGACUUGGAAACACUGAAACAACGAAAAGUUACACAUAUUUUAACGCUCGACAUUUGCCCUUUACCUAUUCAUAUAACAGAGCUUCCAUUCAUUGAAUCAAAAUUUAUUCACGUUUCGGAUACAUCCAAGGAUGAUUUAUUAUGCCAUUUUGAGGAGUGCUUUAGUUUCAUCAACGAUGCAUUGUCCAAAGAUAAAGUUGUGUUGGUUCACUGUUACUAUGGUGUCUCACGAAGUGCAACUAUUGUUAUUGCGUAUGUCAUGCAAAAGUAUCAACUAUCGUUGACACUAGCUUUCGAAAGAGUAAAAUCAAAACGUAGAUUCGUGCAACCGAAUAAUGGUUUUAUGGUUCAAUUAAGACUGUUCCAUAAAAUGGGUUGGCGCAUCGAUUCCAAUCAUGAGAAAUUCAAGCUAUAUCGAUUGAGAAUGGCUGCCGAUAAGGUUCGAAAAGCAAAAAUUCUACCACAAAAUUGUAGCGAUUUAAUCAAACCCGACCCAGCAUUAAUACAAUCAAAACCCGAACCAAUUGUGUAUCGUUGUCGAAAAUGUCGACGAAUUGUUGCUGCCAAAAGUAAUUUAAUAACACACACCCCAGCAAAUGCCGCUGGCAAUGAACUCAAGUCAACGGACGCAAAGCAUGUAACAUUCCAAGCUGAUGUGCAUGUUCAAAGCGAAAGUUUAACCGAUGAUACAAAGGUCGGUUGCUCGAAAGGACUACUUGAAGGAAUGAAUACAUUGUGCAUGAACUCAAGCAGCGACAAGUCUUCCGGCUGUGAACCACAACAAGAAGAUCGAUGCAAGGAGAUCUUGUUCAUUGAACCAUUGGCAUGGAUGCUUGAUAUCGGCAAACAAACUCAAGGCAAAUUAAAUUGCCCCAAAUGUCAAUCGAAGCUCGGCAAUUUCACGUGGAUCAAUAGUUGCAAUUGUCCUUGUGGUAAAAAUGUUUCGCCCGCUUUUUACUUGGUUCCAUCAAAAGUCGAACUUUCACAUGCAGUGAAAAAUGUCGAAAUUACUGUUUGAAACCAGUUUCAUUAAAAAACCCAUUCGCAAACAAUGUGUUUGCGAUUUAUGUGAUUUUUGCUUACACUGAAUAUUAUGGAUGUUGGCAGAGGAAAAUCGGUCUUGUUAAAUACUUAAUAAUCAUUAUAAUGAUCACCAUACAUGUUUUACCAUAAAGAUUAACCAUUUUUUGCUCACAUUUUUACGUAUUUUAGCUUUGAGGCUCAAACCAUUUUGAAGAAAAAACAAAUUAUACAUAUAUAAAAUGAAGAAAUACCAAUAUAUUCAAUCAUAAUUCCACAAUCAUUGUUAUGAAAUUCAUUUACUUUUUUCAGUUUUUUUUUUCAAAAUUCAUUUUUGCCUUCCAUUCAACAAAUUUAUAAUGAAUUGGUUACAAUUUUUUCCAAAAUGUUAAUUGGAAAUAUGAAUAGUUUGUUAAAAUUGUUCCCAAAAUUACGA